GAAUAUGCGACAUCGAAGCGUAAGAUAAAAGUGCAUUUUAGCGAAUCUAUUACAAAAAAAAAUAAAUAAAUAAAAAGUGGUGAAAUAAUUGCAGCAAAUUUGAAUAUUUCAUUUAUACGCUUGUGCACAUUUUUACAUAAAAAUGUCCGGAAAAUUUAUAUGCUGUGCAUUAGUGCUAAUUUCACUAGCUGUGCUCUCGGUGAAUGCCGGCUGUGUUUGCAAUGAGAAGGGUGUCGAUUAUUGUGCCAAGCACAAGGAACCGGUAUUUGUGCGUCCCAAACCACGUUAUGUCUAUCCGAACCCAGACCUGGAUCUCAAACCCAUCGGUGACACCUGCUCAUGCAAUAAAGUGUUCGUUGAACCGGCGACAAUGCCCAAGCCAUGUAAUAAUAAAGUACGUGAUACGUUCCAAUGGUUUUGGAUAUGGAAUAAUUUACUAAAGCGCAAAGCAAUCGAAGCUGUGAUUAACGCCAAGCAUGAACACAUCAAUCGUCUGCAUAAACGCCUUACUAAUCUAGAGAAU